AUGAAUUUGUUGAUGGGCUUUGACUCAGUGAGUAGAUAUCUUGAGCCAGCCAAACGUGGUGGCCUUGUGGACUUCUCUUUCUUCGUCCAUGGAAAGCUUGGCGAAGUGUUGGUCAUACCUUUACAGCUGUCUUCGCUUGUGACUAUGAGUGUUGGCCUUAAUCUGCUAGAAAACGCUUCUUAUUCGAAGCUCAAGACUAUUAGGUUCGACCGGAAUUAUGGAGUCCUCAACUUCCCCUCCCUUGUUGAGGCUAGGUUGGAUCUAAUGUUGGUUACAAAUGAUGGCAUUGUAAGGGGUGCAUCACUCAUGUUUGAAGUUGUAUCGCGUGUCAAGACCCUUACUCUAUCCUCCAGCAGCCUUAUGUCAAACCAGUGUUUUCAGAACUUGUUGCACAUGAUAAUGGGGAUUGACACAAUGAGGUUUUGGCCAUCGCUUCCCAUUUUGGUCGGUUGUUGUCCAAUACUUCAAACUCUUGUAUUCAAGGAUGAUAUUCACUCUUGUAUUGUCGACGAGAACGAGCUCUUCAAGGAGGACGGCAAGUUCUUGCACAAUGAUCUUUCUGCGUACACUAGUUCCACAUCCGUCAUUGCCUUGCACUUUGUGAAAUCAGAUGUGUAG